AUGAUCUGCAAACCUUUCUCCACCAGCAGUAGUUUGGUGCAGUCUAUAGAAAGUGAAAGUAUCACAGCAGAGUAUAAAAGCCUCAGCAUCAGUGUGUCAGAGACGAGAUCUGUAUCACUCACAAAACAGAAAUCAGAAACACCAGAGGCUCAAACUGCAGCUCAGACAGAGACUAAACCCAGGAUCUUGUUAGCUGGUGAAGUUGGAGCAGGAAAGUCCAGCUUCAUCAAUUCAAUCAAUAGUGCAUUCCAAGGAAGAGUCACCAGUGAUGCCCUUGUUGAUGCAACAUCUGGAACAACUUUCACAAAAACAUACAGAACCUAUUAUAUCAGUGGUGAAAAGCAGACAGAUAUUCUGCCAUUCGUCUUCAAUGACUUCAUGGGACUAGAGGAAGGGGAAUCACGUGGUGCACAUACAAAGGACGUUGUCAAAGCUCUUCGGGGCCUCCUUACAGAAGGAUGCAAAUUAAAUCCAUCUCCUGUUUGUGCUGGAGAUACGGCCUACAGAAGUGAUCCAGGUCCUCAAGAUCAGACAUACUGCCUGGUGUACAUAAUAGCAGCUGAAAAAGUAUCUUUCAUGAAUCACGAUGUCAUUAGAAAGAUGAAGAAUAUUAGGGAGAGUGCCAGUGAACUGGAUGUUCCUCAGGUGAUCAUCAUGACAAGGGUGGAUGAAGCAUGUCCGCUGGUCAACAAAACAUUAAGGAAAAUCUACACCAGCAAGAAGAUCAAGGAGAAGAUGCAGGAAUGCAGUAACGUCCUAGGUGUCCCUAUGAACCACAUCUUUCCUGUAAAGAACUACCAUGAGGAAAUGGACACAGAUAAUGACACUGAUGUCUUGAUUCUGAGGGCGCUUACACAGAUUGUACAAGCAGCAAAUGAUAAAUUGGUCCGCUCAUUAAGGUUGGGAUGGAUUCCUCAAGUGAUUGUCUUGACCAAAGUGGAUGAAGCAUGUCCACUGGUGAAAGAAGAUCUACAGAAGAUCUACUACAGCAAGAAGAUCAAACAAAAGAUUUGCCAUGACAAACUGGGUGUGCCGAUGUGCAAUAUCUUCCCAGUGAAGAACUAUCAUGAAGAGAUCGACAUUGAUGAUAAUGUUGAUGUUCUGAUUCUGAAAGCUCUGGAUCAGAUCGGAACGGAUGGUGAAGAUGAAGAAGGAUUUUCUGCAGUAAUUAGCAGAUGCACAGUUUGGUGCAGCCUACAGAAAGUGAAAGUAUCAGAGGAGAGUCUGCAGUAUAAAAGCCCAACACAUCAUUGUUUCGUGUCCAGUAAGACCUUCAACAUCCUCAGGGUGAGAUCUGCAUCUCUCACACAUAAGAAAUCAGAAACAUCAGACGCUCAAAUUACAUCUUGGACAAUCUUGAGACUAAUCCCAGAAGGAAAUAAAGAAAUGGGAGGAUCAGAGUCAAAGCCCGUAGAACCUGCUCUAGAAUUUGAUAAACCAUGGAGGAACUUUAAUUGGAAUCAGAAAUCAGAACUGAAAAAGCAUCUAGAAGAAUUCAGUCUGAGUAAUCCAGAUGUGAGGCACAUCAAGAUUCUGGUUGCUGGACCAAUAGGAGCAGGAAAGUCCAGCUUCAUCAACUCUGUCAAUAAUGUCUUUCAAGGACGGAUCACUGCUGACGCGCCAGCUAAUUCAUCUUCUGGCGAUGGUAGAAGUUUCACUACUACACUUAAAGGACAUCACAUCAGUCGUGGAAAAAUCCCGUUAGUCUUUGUUGAUAUAAUGGGUUUAGAACCUGAUACAAUGGCCGGGUCACAACCAGAGGACAUCAUCAAGGCUGUAUAUGGCCAUGUGAAGGACGGAUAUAAAUUUGAUAAGUCAAAGCCACUCUCUCCUAAGGAUCAACAUUAUACCAGUGACCCCAGUCUCUCUGACCAGGCUUUCUGUCUGGUUUACGUCAUACCUGCUAAUACAGUCAACAUGACAGAUGACAAACUCAUUGACAAGUUGAAGAUCGUCCGUCACAGAAUCAGUGAAGAUGGGAUUCCUCAAGUGAUUGUUAUGACCAAAGUGGAUGAAGCAUGUCCACUGGUACACAAAGAUCUAAAGAAGAUCUACUACAGCAAGAAGAUCAAAGAAAAGAUGCAGGUAUGCCAUGACAAACUGGGUGUGCCGAUGUGCAACAUCUUCCCAGUGAAGAACUAUCAUGAAGAGAUCGACAUUGAUGAUAAUGUUGAUGUUCUGAUUCUGAAAGCUCUGGAUCAGAUCAUCCAGAUUGCUGAUGAUAGAUUGUUUAAUAGCAGUGAUACGGUGUAA